ACAGUCAUUCUGGCAGAGUUUGAUUACAAUUUGCAACCCCUGGAAACAUUCCCCAUCAACCAAGCCAAAGAAAGAAAAGUGAUGUACCACAUGAAAGCUGAUAUGAUGCCUCACCUCUACUGGCAUGGCCUUCUAAGAUUUAUCUAUGUGACGUCGGAGCAUGAUGAGGCUGAGAGUGCGUAAAGCUCCUCAGCAGCCAAACAUAGGCCGUCCAACACAUCCAUCCAAGGCCAAACGGAAACACUGUGAAGUGGAGCCAUCCCCUGUGAAAGGUCGAGGCAAAAUGCAGAAGAAUGAGACCGGCCUGUUCUCCACGAUAAAGAAGUUCAUCCGUGGAAAUGCUGUCAAGGUGGAGCAAGAUAUCCCCGCCAAGAGGAGUCGUCUUGAUUGUAAUUCUGAUAGCAAUCUAAUCACUUCAACGCCACAGACUAGAGGCCUUGCCAACAAGUCGGUGUCCAGAGUUUGCCGGAAAACUCCAAAUAAAGACACAAUGACGUGCAACAGUAAACCUAUUAAACCCAAUGGUAAACUUGAAGUCCCAGUCGAAGCAGCAAGCAGCCCACCUCGCACCACCCUGCUUGGAACCAUCUUCUCUCCAGUCUUCAACUUUUUCUCACCAGCAACAAAAACGGCCACUCCUGGUUCAGACUCUCCUGGCCAAGCGAUGGAGGCAGAGGAAAUCAUGAAACAGCUGGACAUCGAGCAGGCAGAAGAAAUGCCGAGCAGCACCCUCACAUCCACAGAAGGCAUCACCCCAUGUCACACAGCCCCGAUUCUACCACAGAGGCUUCAGAUGACCUCUGAUACAACCAUAGAAGAAGGAGAGAUCGUCACCGAAACUGACAUGCCACCACUAACAGCAGUUCCUGGUUGUAUGCCGGAUGGUGGCUACCAACACACAUUACCUCCAGCUCCUGCAGAAACCUCAUAUGAUGAGGACUGGGAAGUUUUUGAUCCGUACUUCUUCAUCAAGCAUGUGCCUCCGCUGACAGAAGAGCAGUUAACACGUAAACCAGCGCUACCUUUAAAAACACGCAGCACGCCAGAGUUUUCUCUCGUCCUGGACCUGGAUGAAACUUUGGUCCACUGUAGUUUGAAUGAGCUAGAAGACGCAGCCCUGACAUUCCCUGUGCUCUUUCAAGACGUUAUAUACCAGGUGUAUGUUCGGUUGAGGCCCUUCUUCCGUGAGUUCCUUGAACGCAUGUCCCAAAUGUAUGAGAUUAUCCUCUUCACCGCGUCAAAGAAAGUCUACGCUGACAAACUGCUCAACAUCCUGGAUCCGAAGAAACAGUUGGUCAGACACAGACUAUUUCGUGAGCACUGCGUGUGUGUCCAGGGAAACUAUAUUAAAGACCUGAACAUUCUGGGACGGGAUCUUUCCAAGACGAUAAUAAUCGACAACUCACCCCAAGCCUUUGCCUAUCAGCUUUCCAAUGGGAUCCCUAUUGAGAGCUGGUUUGUGGAUAGAAAUGACAACGAGCUUCUAAAGCUCGUCCCUUUCCUCGAGAAGCUGGUGGAGCUGAACGAAGACGUCAGGCCGCACAUUCGAGAACAGUUUCGUCUGCACGCCCUCCUUCCUCCAGACUGAACGCCUCAUGUUCCUCUUUUAUGUCCCAGAUGGUAUCAACAUUGGAAAAAAAAAUCCCAGAAGAAAAUAUUCAAUGAAUUACUCUUUGCAAACACAACAUUGCCAUUCUACCGUAAUUGUUAUACUUUUUUUAAUCAUGAAAAAAAAAAAAAAGAUAAAAUAUGAAGCUAUGUCGGAGUCAAAAAGCCCGGGAUGUUUUUGAACCAGACUGAGAACAAACUUUUCACUUUUUGCUCACUACUUUUUAUUCCGACAUUUUGAAAAACGGCCUCCUGGAAGGUGUUCAGUCUUUUUAAGAACCAUUUUUGGAUUGACAAAAUUGAAUGUCAUGCAGUGUUGGAUUAUGUGGACCUUGUCGGCUCCAGCCUGACCUUGAACGGCCAGUAACACUUGUAUCAUAUUCACUCUGUUGUAGAUACUGUACAUAUGUUUUUUCUUUAAGGUUUUUAAGUUGUUUUAUUUUCACUUCAGGUUUGAGUAUGUAUUCUCUGAUUGGGUUGCUUUUAUAAACCAACAUGUAAGUAUGUUUGCUUUGAAGUUGUUGAAGAAACGGCUGCUUCUCUGUUGUAUGCCUGCCUUCUUCCUGUCAUGCUUUACUCCAUUACAUGCAGCUGUCUGUAACAAGGUGCAGUUUUGUUUUUAUAAAAAAAAAAAAAAGAAGUAUCUUAGGGAGGAAAAUGUUUCAGAAAGGAUAUUUUCAAAGUGUAUGUAAUGUAAGCUGGAAUAGGGUCUGAACUGAAUACAAAGCCAUCAUGGCUGAAUUCUAAUUAGAGAUUUCUAUUUGAGCGUCCAUGUCUGAUUACGACACCUUGAUCAUCCUGCGGCGGGGUGGGGGUAGGGUGGGAGAGGUUCAGGCAUCUUGCACUUUGACAUCCAGCCCUUUGUAAGUUGAUGUGAAAUCUUGUCACUUUUCUACACAGGUGUGUAUCACCUCAGUUUGUUAUGUGUGUGUGGGGGAGGAGGAGGAGGGGGGGAGGGGGGGUUAAAUUGUAGCACCAGCAAAUUGCCAACAUGUUUGCUUUAAAUGUUGUUUUUCCAAGACGUCUUGUUUGUGGGAUCUUUACGAUGUAGGAGUCACGAGUUUUAUUGACUAUUGAAUGAUCACUCCUGUUGUAUUCAGUGUUACUUAAUGGUUUCCUUGAAAAUAAAAACAUUUUUAUACGA